AUGGAGAGCAGCACCAGGUUUGAGGUCAACCUGGACCUCGAAGGCGGCGCACUCUCCAGCUCAAGCUCAUCCGCGCCCACCUACCCCGCCUCCACGCGAACAAGAGACCGCUGGUACGUAUGGGUGCGGUGGGCAGGGCAGGGCAGGGCAGGGCAGAUACGGAGACAAAACAGACAGACAGACAGACAGAGAGGAGGGAUGCUAUUAGGGAAUGCAAUGGUCUCCAUCUGUCUGUCUGUCUGUCUGCUGUGUGCAGGUAUGCCGUGACUGUUGAGGACCUUCCCUCGGACAACACGGUGCUUGUGUCGUGUGCGCCUGUGGUGUGUGUAGGAUGAGGACAACUCCGGCCACCGUCAGAAGACCGCCGAGACGCAGUGCCUAUUCGACCAGCUGAGGCCGAUCCUGAUAGUGCACCUCAAGCGCUAUGGCUUCAACAAGCACACGGGCGCAAGCAAAAAGGUACUAGAGAUACACACACACACACAGAGGGAGGGAGGGAGGGAGGGAGGGAGAGAGGGAUGCUAUACACUUUGUGUUGUGGUGGUUGGUCGGUUGUGCUGUGCUGUGCUGUGCUGUGCAGUUGGAGCACAUGUUGGCCUACCCGGAGAAACUCGUCGUCUCCGAGAAGUGGCUCACCAAGUGAGUGGGAUCACGGAGGACACACACACACACACACAUGUAUACUGGCCUGCAUCUGUCUGUCGCACGCGUCGUGUGUGUGUGUGUGUGUUGUCAGGUCGUUCCUGUCCAAGUACGAGGUGCCGACAUACGAGCUGGUCGGCCUCAUCGCCCACGACGGGCAGCGCGUCAACUCGGGCCACUACCGCGCCAUGUGCCGCUAUGGCCCCAACCACGAGUGGUAAGCACGACACACAACACAACACACAUCCGCACCGCACCGCACGCCAUGCAUUCCAUGCAACGGACGCGCAUCAAUGUGUUACUAUUGUCUGUGCUGUGUGUUACUAUUGUCUGUGCUGUGUGCUGUGUGUCCUGUGUGCUGUGUGUCGGAUGUCAGGUACCAGUUCAACGACACGAGCGUGUCGCCACGCCCGCUGCGCAAGGACCAGGUAGGUACAGAUCAGAUCAGCCGAACCACACACACCAUCCGUCCGACACAGAUUCUUCUCUGUCUGUCUGUGUGUCAGUACCUGGGCCAGCGGACGGCGGUGAUGCUCUACUACGUCGACACCACGGCCACCGUCGACAUCCGCCCCCACAUGGCGCCCCGCGCCCUCCUCAACGAGCAGCCCUCGGCGUCCUCCUCAUCCUUCUGGGUGGAUUCCUCUCUCUGUCUGUCUGUCUAGCUGCCUACCUGCCUGCCUGUCUGUCUGUCUGUCGGUCUGUCUGCCUGUCGCCUGUUCGUGUCUGUGUCUGUCUGUGUGGGUGUGUGCACGUGUGUGGAUGAAUGCCUGAAUGGAUGGAUGGCUGCCUGUCUGGGAUGAUGUUGGGUUUGUGCUUUGUUCUUUCCGUCGUCUUUUCACUGUGCCCAUGUUACUCAGUCCCAUGUUAGUCUGUCAGUCUGUCUGUUCGUCUGUCUGUCUGUCUAUCUGUCUGCACACGAAGAGCGGUGGGGGGAAAGGGCCGGGGAUUCCUUCCUUGUCGCUCAUUGACACACAUGCAAUGCCAUGCCACCACACGCCAUGCUCACGAUUUUUUUACCCACCUCACUCACACCCACCCACCCGCUAAGCCACACACUCAACACACACACAGCCCAGAGUUUUGUCCCAAGGAAGGGAACAGACGGAAGGACAGAGAGCGCGUGUCUGCCUGCCUGCCUGCCUGAUUACGGACCUAUUCAGCCACUAUGGAUGAAGGCAAUGUGCAGCGGUCACCCUCUGUGUAUGUGUAUGUGCAUCUGUAUAAUGCCGCCUCAUGUUGACCUGACACAGUGACCUGCAGACAGACAGACAGACAGACAGAGGUGUGUGUGUGUGUGUGUACCUGAGUGGCUGGCAGUGAGAGAAGGUCCGGCCAGGUCUUGUCGACGGACUGCCUGCCAGGCGGCCGCGCCGUACGUACCCACUGCGCCCAUACAUAUGUAUUCGUUACGUUUAGAUAGUCAGUCAGGCGACUUGACCGCCACAUCGAUAUCAAUCAGUCAAAGGGAUUUGGUUUGUCCGCUGACCUGUGCUUCAUGGGCGCGAGUGACCGACCGAAACUGACCGACCGACACGCUCUGAGUAGUGUGAGUGAUACCUACCUGUUUGUGUGUGCGCUUGCUGGCACACGUGCUGCUGUCGAGCCGAGGAGGAUCAGCAGAGGGGAGGGAAGCUGAAGGUGUGAGUGGGAUGGAUGGAUGAAUGAACUGACGAGACAGAUGGAUGGAUGCCUGGAUGAUUCAAUCGAUCUCUCGGAGAGAUCGAUCAUGCCAUGUCAUGUCAUGCCAUGUUGUCAUGUCAUGGAUGUGGUAGUAGGGCCGUCGCGA